AUGAGGAUGCGCUUCGUUGUUAUGGUGAUGCUGUUGCCAGCGCUAAUGAGGGCAGGAUCAGAAUGCAGGUCCAGCUGUCGGCUAACCAAUAUCUCCAUUACCAUGGAAAGUGAGGAAUGUGGCAGCUGCAUCACAAUUGACACCACAGCCUGUGCCGGGCUUUGCAAAACACAGGAAAGAGUUUACCGUAGCCCCAUGAUGCAGAACUACCAGAACACCUGUAACUUCAGAGAAUGGACCUACGAGACGUAUGAGUUUAAAGGCUGCCCUCCCGGGACUGACUCGGUUUUCACGUACCCUGUGGCCCUCAGCUGUGAGUGCAGCAAGUGUAACUCUGACAUCGCAGACUGUGGAGUUCUCAGCCAGCAGACAUCCAGCUGCACUGUACAUUAGACAAGGAAACCAAACCAUUUGAAAGCCUGUCGUACAAUUUUGAAUAUUUCGUUUUUCUUAAUUAAAUGUAAAUUGCAUGGAAUAAAACAAAUAUGAGACAUUUUCA